AGGAGUCCUCCGACAGAUUUUCAUCAUAGAUCGCCGCCGUCGCACUUGUUCUGCUACGGUCGUAACGGGGUGGUCUAGUGGCAGUCAUAAAUGGAUUGUUUUCCAGUGGUGGAAAAAGAUCGAACGCCAUUCAUUAUUGGCGUGUCAGGAGGCCCAGCAUCGGGUAAGACUCUUGUCAUUGAGAGGAUCAUGGAAAGGUUCCAUGCACUCCACGAGAACCCGAGUAAAGAGGUCGCCACCAUAUCGAUGGAAUCUUUCUACAAAGAGCUGAAUGAAGAAGAUCGUGCGCGCGUCGAGCGCGGGGAAUACGACUUUGAUCACCCCUCAGCUUUUGAUUUCGACAAAUUCGCCGAUACGAUGAAUCGAUUGGAGCAUGGGUUUGCGGUCACUAUUCCACACUACGACAAUCGAAGUAGUUCCAGAAUUGGCACACUCACAAUCGAACCAGCUGAUGUCAUCAUAGUCGAAGGCAUUUUGGUCUUCUAUGAUGAGCGGAUUCGAGAAAAAUUUGCUAUGAAGCUUUUCGUAGAUGCCGAUGCAGAUGUUCGUCUUGCUCGAAGAGUUCGAAGGGACACGGUGGAGAGGAACAUGCCAUUGUCACUAGUACUAACGCAGUAUACUACAAUGGUAAAACCAGCCUUCGAAGAGUUUUGUCGGCCAACGAUGAAAUGUGCAGAUGUUAUUAUUCCAAGGGGUGGCGAAAAUGAUGUGGCUAUUGAUUUAAUUGUACAGCACAUCCAGGAUCUUCUACGUCAACUUCGAGCCAGUUGCGGGCAGCAAUUCACAACUAUUGAGGAAAUCACAAAAGGAAAAUUGGAAUUGGUGACAAUUCAUUGAGUGACCGCAAAUACUGUCCGCAGUAUAUGCAUCUUCAAAGUAUUUGCUUUUGCUUUUGUUUUAUGCCUUGAAUUGUUAGAACAACAAUUCAGACAUUUUUCUAAAUACUGGUGACAACCAAAGAAAGCUUUCCUGUAUAUAUUAGGUUGGCACGAAAGUUCUUGCG